AUGCUCCGACGCGACUCGAGCAGGCCACACUGUCUUUCGGACAAAGCGACGCGGUCCUCACAGGCGGGAAGGAGAGUGCGUCCCGGUCGGGAAGGACGCCGCCAGAGAGCUGCCUGCCACGUGACGCCCGCGGCGACCUUGGGGGUCACCCUUGCGGACGCACCGCCCUCUCCCUCACAUCCGCCGCCGCGCCCGCCCCUCACUCUACGAUCGCCAAUGGCGCGUCGCUCCGCGCCCCGCGCGACCUCGGAGCUCGCUCGUACCCGCCAAUCUCCGCCCGCCGGGCGGGCCCCGCGGCGCCAUUGGCUACCACGGCCAUCCAUCAGGUCCCGUCCCUCCUACCACCCUCCGUCAGCCCCACUCCAUCCAGCUCCACUCCCCUGUCACCGCGGCACCCGCAGCACCAAGGGCGCGGCGGCCUCGCCCUUUCCCGCUAUCUCCAACCCCGGGCCGCCAAGCACCGCGCUACCCGGCACUGGGACGGGGGCAGCGACAGCGCAAGGUUACCUGUCUCCGGCUCAGCUCCACCCGAAUGAGGCGCCGACACCCCACUCCGGGGCUCUAAACUCUCGGCCCCGCCCUGGCGUAUGGCGUCAACACGUAGCCCUCCCCUGGAGAAGAAGGCCCUCCCCUCUUACAGUGAACCGAUUCGUGACGUCACAGAGCCGCGCCGGACGUCACAGCGCCGACUACGCAGUUGCGGAAGCUUGGGCCGGCGGGCGCCCAGCUGUUUGCUCCGCUAGAGCGAUGAGCUUGAGUCUGUGGACUUCCAGCGGCUUCUACGAUCAUAACAGCAGAUAUUGGGGUGACGAGGAACAGCGAUCCAUCAAGCAUGACAGUCCCAUAGAGAACACAGAUAUCUCAAUUGGGCCAGUAUUCAGACCAAGGCUAUGCCACCCACAGCACAGAAAACACUCGAGAGCCCGCGCUGAGAUUCCAAAAGGCACGUUUCAGGCUAUCGUAGCCACCAAGCUUGGCCAGAUUCUGAGACCCAAAUCGCUAACUGGGGCCGAGGGCAGGCGUGACUGCGCAGGCGCGUCUCCCCAGCAAGAUGCCGGAGGUAAGCUGUGGCGUAAGGGGUGA